AUGAACAGAUGUACCGCAGUAAAAAAGACAACGGGGGAAUUAGAACAGUUUUUGGGAGAAAUUAUUAUUAGUACGCUAAUCUCUGAUCAAAGGGAAAGCCUGGAGGCUCCUUUAGACCCAAUAGAAGUGGAGAUAAUAUUAUCUAAGAUAGUCAAGAACAGAACCCCAGGAAUAGAUGGCAUUCCGUUUGAAAUAUAUGCUCAAUACAAAGAACUAUUGAUCCCGAAAAUGCUUAUAAUGUGGAAUUCCGCAAGGAAACAAGGAAAACUCCCUGAGUCUUUGAGAGAAGCCUUAAUAACACUCAUAUUAAAACCAGGAAAAGAUCCAGAACUCUUGGACUCAUAUCGUCCUAUUUCAUUAAUUAACACAGAUAAUAAAAUAUUAGCAAACAUUUUGGCAAGUAGACUGGGGAAAGUGGUGUCUGAUAUCGUUCAUGGGGAUCAGUCAGGUUUUAUGUCAGGCAAGACUACAACUGACAACAUAAUGAGAUACUUUAUGAAUAUACAGUUGAAGCCUAUAAACUGUGGUGAACGCAUGAUCGUAACUAUAGAUGCCUCAAAAGCCUUUGAUACAAUAGAACGGUCAUUUUUAUUUGCUACAUUGAGGAGAAUGGGAUUUGGAGAAAGUUUUGUAGCUUGGGUCAAGUUUUUAUAUACUGAAGUCUCUGCAAGGUUAAUACUGAAUGGUGAAUUCUCUGAUAAAUUUUAUAUUGAGAGAGGAGUUAGGCAGGGCUGCCCUCUGUCUCCUUUGUUAUUCGCCAUAGCCAUGGAACUUUUGGCUGACCUGAUUAGACAAGACAAAGAAAUAGAGGGUUUUAGGUAUGGGUCCCAUGAGGAAAAAAUUGCUCUGUAUGCAGACGAUAUUAUGUUGUUUGUGGGGUCGCAUGCCUCGCUCAUGAAGAUUUUUCAGGUUUUUGAGGAGUAUAGUGAUCAUGCUGGUCUUAAAAUAAACUGGUCUAAAUCAGCAUGUAUCCCAAUUGACCCUCUGAACGGGUUUGUACCAGGAUUAUUAGAAAUUAAAGAGAAACAAGAUCCAGUUAAGUAUUUAGGAAUUCAGAUAACAUCUAAAUCUAGUGACUAUGUACAGUUGAAUGUAGUCCCUAAAAUACAGGAGAUUCGUAAGAAAAUAGAAGUUUUGAAAAAAACUCAUAUUUCGAUGGCGGCGCGUAUUUCGCUGGUGAAAAUGAGCAUAUUACCAUCUUUGAAUUAUAUUUUCUGUAAUGCACAGUUAAGGAUUUUAACCCUCACAUUUCUUUUGACUGAAUGGACGGUGAUGGCUCAGCUAGAAGACUGCAGGUCUGCAGAGGCCGCCGACAUUGUAUUCCUUGUAGAUGAGUCUUGGAGCGUGGGAGAAGACAACUUUCAGAUUAUUAAAGACUUUAUUAGAAGUAUGAUUAGCUCAUUUCAGAAUACAGAGGCACUUGGGAAGGAAGGAAUGCGAUUUGGAGUUGCGGUUUAUGGAGAUUCCCCAAGGAUGAGCAUUGAAUUGUCAGAUUAUGAAACUAUUCAAGAAGUAUUGUUGGCACUCCAAAGCGUUGCAUACAAAGGGGGAGACACAAAAACCGGCGAAGCCCUUGCCUAUUUGGCAGAUCGAGUAUUUAACCCAUCCAUUUCCAGAGAAGAUGUACCAAAGAUUGUUUUACUACUCACUGAUGGUAAAUCUGGAGAUGUGGUAGAAGAGAAAGCCCAACGAUUGCAGGAUAAAGGAGUAACAUUAUUUGCUAUAGGUAUAAAGGAUGCUGACCAAAGGGAGUUAAUGAAAAUUGCAUCUGACCCCAGUGAAGAACAUGUUAUUAUUGUUAGGGACUAUUGGUCUCUCUUUGAGAUGCUACCUCGGAUUUCAAGAAAAGUCUGCUUCACUGCCUCAGAGCCUCCAAGGCCAAUCAAACAGUUCGUAGAAAGUGCAAAAAUGAUUGGCCCACGAGAUUUGAUAGUAAGCGAACAGGAUUAUAAUUCAAUGCGUGUUACAUGGAGCCCAGCCACAGGUGAUGUAACAGGCUACCAAGUCAUUUUGAAUUCUCUGACAUCUUCUGGCCGCCUUAAUACAAAUGAUCAAAGACAGAUUACUCUGGACAGUAACAAGCACACAGUGUUUAUAACCGAUCUGAAGCCAUCUACUGAAUAUUUAUUCACAGUACUGGCCACAUAUCCAAAUGUCAUUGGAGAUUCGACAACAGUUAGAGGGAAGACAACUCCUGUGCCUCCAGUAACUAAUUUCCGUAUUAUAGAAGAGAGACUUUUUGGCUUAAAGGUGGCCUGGACUCUUCCUUUGGGAAAACUUGAUGGUUACAAAAUUUAUAUUCCAAGAUCUAACAGACCUGGAUUUACAUAUGAGCACAUUUUAAAUGGAGAUGUCUCAUUACACAUUAUUGAUAACUUAGAGGAGGAUAAAGAAUACACUGUUAGCAUCUACGCCGUUUAUCCUGAAGGACCUAGCCAACCUGUGUCAGCAGUGGGCCGUACAUUGAAGUUGCUUUCUGUUAAAAAUUUGACACUACAGAAUAUCACAACAGGAACUAUUCGAGCACACUGGACUCCAGUUCAGGGAGCCACAGGCUAUCGACUAACUUGGUCAUCUGCAGAGGGAUUUGAUCAAAAUGUCAACCUGGCAGAUAGCUACUCUCAGUACCUGAUUCAAGGACUGCAUCCUGACACUGAGCAUACAGUAACUAUCAAUCCGAUCUUUGUAGACACAGAGGGCCCUGUGGUUACCGCUAAAGCUACAACCUUGGCUUCAAGCUAUGUACAGAGUCUGAAAGGGAGUGCAGUGACUAUCAAUACAGCUCUGAUAUCAUGGAAUGCAGUACAGGGUGCUACAGGAUAUCGACUGGCAUGGGGCCCAACUUCAGAAUUUAUUGGCCGAGAUCGUCCACGACAACUUGCACUGAAUAGCACGCUUUCUUCCUUUGAGCUAAAAAACCUGGUACACAACACUGAAUAUGUGAUCUCUUUAUAUGUACUCUUUGGCUCUACGGUGGGACCUGGAAUCUCAACAACUGUCCGAACCUCACCUCUUGGAUAUGUGUCUAACUUCAAGGUAACUGGAUACACCAGCACUUCCAUUUCUCUGGCCUGGAGUUCCACCAUUGGAGCUACUGAAUAUAAAGUGUCCUGGAGCCCUGCAACUUCAGGUUACUAUAAUACACCUAAAAGUCAGUACCUGGCUGCAAGUAUCCGGUCAUACCAUAUUACAAAUUUACAGCCAAACAACAGGUACAUUAUGAAUGUUCAGGCAGUUUACAGCAACACUGAAGGUCCACCAGCCACUCUGGUUCAAAGCACAGACUCCAAUCCUGUUCAGCUCCUUUCUGUUAAAGGCUUGCAGAUUAUUGAUACUGGAGUCAAUAACCUCAAACUAUCUUGGAAGAAAACACCUGGAAUAACCCACUACAAAAUUUCAUGGGUGCCAUUUGAUGGUGGUGCUAGAAACUCAAAGAUUGUUAGCGCAGACUCUUCAUUUUUUUCAAUACCUGACUUGAAAGAGAGCACUACUUACAAUAUCUAUGUAUCAUCUAUUGUUGGAAACCGAGAAGGAAGUCCUGUUCUUCUUACAGCAAAAACGUUAGACUUACCAAGAGUUGACUCACUUGAAGUAAAAGAAACAACAGGGGAGAGUGUGUUACUGAGUUGGUCUGGAGUCAACGGGGCAUCCUCAUAUCUUUUAACAUGGAGGUUAACUUCGGAGCCUGAUGCCUCCAUGGAACAACUGGCAGCAUCGUACAGAUCAUUCAGGCUCACUGGAUUACACUAUGGAAAAACCUAUGUUUUUGCAAUAAAACCAUUGUUUGGAGAAAUGGAAGGACCAGAGAAAACUAUAACUCAAGCUAUAUAUGGACCAGUGAAAAGACCAGCUAUUCCCAUCCCCACUGUGAAUGGACCUAGGAUAACGACAUCUAUUGAAAAGACAACCACGUCAACACCAGUUGAACGUCCUCCACUAACAAUACCACAAAUUUCCAAAUCUACCAGUUCUGCUGCCAGAGGAACUUCAGCGUCUGUUUCUGAGCCCAUCUGUGCAAAGUUAAAAGCUGAUAUAGUAUUGCUUGUGGAUGAGUCUUCCAGCAUUGGGCCUGGUAAUUUUAACAAGGUCAAAGAUUUUCUCUAUAGAAUAGUAUCAUAUUUUCCCAAAAUUGGACCCCAAGGGGCACAGAUUGCUAUUGUUCAAUACAGUGAAGAACCGAGAACAGAGUUUCACUUGAACCAACACAAGGAGAGGAAUUCUGUUUUGAAGGCCAUUAGAAACAUGCAAUAUUUUGGAGGCAACACCAAUACAGGUCGAGGCAUUGGACACGUUCUAAAGGAGAUGUUUCAAGUAUCUCAAGGAAUGAGGCCUUCGUCUCCUCAUGUGAUGGUGUUGGUGACUGAUGGACGAUCACAGGAUAAUGUGAUGCAGCCUUCAAGAGUGGCCCAUGCCUUAGGAAUCAGAAUGAUUGCUGUUGGAGUAGGAGCUGCAGAUAUGGAUGAGCUGCGGGCUAUAAUGAUGAACCGUAAUUUAGAGGACAUCUUUUUUGUCAGCUCCUUUGACGACUUUCCAACAAUUGUACAUGAGCUUAUAGAGGCGAUAUGUGCUGAAAGUGAAAAGCCAGUAAAAAUGCAGCCUGCAGAGUCUAUCAAGACAGAGACGGAAAAUGAAGAGAAACCUCCCAAGCAGCCAGUGGGACCAUGUACAUCAACAUGUUCAAAAGGUGAAAAGGGGGAACAGGGUGAAAAAGGACCUCCAGGACAGAAUAUUUUCACAGGUCUACAGACUGGGGGCUUGGACCUCUUCAACAUGAACUCAAAAGGAGAGAAAGGAGAACGGGGUCUACCUGGCCAAGACGGGGUUCCUGGCCUUCCAGGACGUCCUGGUAGAACAGGACCUCCAGGUCCACCAGGUUUGAUGGGUCAUAAAGGUUUCCAAGGAGAUACUGGAACUCAAGGUUACUCGGGACCUCCUGGACCAAAAGGGGACAGAGGGGAGCCUGGCUAUGUUUUGGGAGGAGUUGAUGGAUUGGCUGGGCUUGGUGGCAUUCCUGGAUCCCCUGGCUCAAAGGGUCAUCCGGGUUCCCCUGGACUUCCAGGUCCUCCUGGUGUUCCAGGAUUUCCUGGGCCACAAGGACCCCCAGGAAUUUCCAUCAAGGGUGAACCGGGUGAAACAGGGACCCAGGGUCCCCGUGGAAAACCUGGAUUAAAAGGAGAUAAAGGAGAAACGGGAGAAGCUGGGAGAGCUGGGUUGCCAGGUCCAAUAGGUCUUGAUGGUCUCCCAGGACUUCAAGGAAUAAAAGGAGAAAAGGGAGAUGCAGGAAUUGGUUUUCCCGGAAUACCUGGCUUAAAGGGAAUGUUAGGAGAAAAGGGAUCUAUGGGUCCUGCAGGACCUCCUGGACUAAAGGGUGAGCGGGGCUUUCAAGGAAAUGAAGGAGCAGCUGGUUUAAGGGGUAAGAAAGGUCAAGACGGAGAAAAAGGUGAAAAGGGAGAGCGUGGUGAUAUUGGGCCCAUUGGACCUUCUGGAAGAUCUGGGCUUCCAGGGCCUGCAGGACUAAAGGGAGACCAGGGGAUCCAAGGUUUUCCAGGCGCUCCAGCAAUGGGGGUAGUUGGACCAACUGGUAAGAAAGGUUCCAGGGGUGACACUGGACCCACUGGUCCACCAGGCCCUAAAGGAUUCAUAGGAGACCAAGGAGACAAAGGAGUUAAGGGAGAAGCGGGGUAUGGAAUCCCUGGUCAGCCAGGAUUAAAGGGAGACCCUGGGGAACGAGGUAACAUUGGGUUAUCUGGGAAGCCAGGUCCAAAAGGAGAAGGAGGUGACAAAGGACAUAAAGGUGAACCUGGAACUUCUUUGACUUUGCCUGGAAUAAGAGGUAAAGAUGGUGAACAAGGUUUAAAAGGAGAACCUGGUAUGAAGGGAGAUGCCGGGGUGAAAGGUGAACCAGGAGAGAAAGGACAGAGGGGCAGUACAGGACUUCCUGGCCGUAUUGGAGAUUCUGGACAAAAAGGAGAGACUGGAUCACAUGGAAAAGAUGGGAUUGAUGCCAAGAAAGGAAACAAAGGUGAACCUGGGCAGCCAGGACCACCUGGAAGUGCAGUUACAACAGUGGAUAACAGUUUACUUGUCAAAGGAGAAAAGGGAGACAAUGGAGAGGUAGGCUCUCCAGGGAAAUCAGGCUUGAAAGGAGAAAAAGGAGACUCUGGACCACCAGGCCCAAAAGGUCCAGAGGGGCGUCCAGGACCUCCAGGCAAUGUUUUGUUAGAAUCCGCUUCAGAAAAAGGAGAGAAAGGAGAAACGGGAAGUCCUGGCUCACCAGGGAAAAAUGGAAUGGAUGGCAAAGAUGGAAUCCAAGGAACAACUGGAAAAAAGGGAGAGCCUGGAGAGAAAGGAGUGCCUGGAGAUAGUGGAAAAUCUAGCGCUAUAGGGAUAAAGGGUGAUCGCGGUGAUAUGGGACCAAUGGGCCCUCCUGGGCCACCUGGACCACAGGUUUUUCCCAGGAAAAAUGUAGAAAUGAAGGAUUUGGAGUUGUUGUUAGAAUCAUAUGGUAUUAAGUUGAAUCUCCUGAAGGAACUAACUGACCAUCUCAUACAAAAUGGAGUUGAAGAUUUUUUUCAGCAUUUCUCAAGCUCUAAGAAGGAUCGGACUGUGAAGAAGAAUCAGAUUUUAAAACAUACAGCAAACAAUAUUGGUGCUGCAAUACAUGAAAUUUCAAAUGAAACAGAAGAUGAGGAUUUAAAUUUGAGCACAAUUCCGGAAGACACCUUAACAGUCGGCGGUACUGAUAUACAAACACAGGAAGCAAAUGAUGGCAAAAAGCAAAAGAAGAAGAAAAAAACUGAUUCCCAGCCUAUUAAUGUUAUACCAAUUGUGGUCACAGAGGAGCAGGAAGAAAACAGAGAAGAGCAUGGUCUUCAGUUUAAUAUAGAAGAAAGCAACCCAUUACCAUUACCUACUCAGAUACCUACUACUGUAGAUGGGCGUAGACUCCUCAUUGUAACCCAAACUGCUGCACAAUCUGAGCAAUCUAGUAGGAAACAGGACAAGGAAUCUAGAAAAGAGAGUAAGACAAAAAGCCGCCUGGAAAAAACAAUAACCGACACAAGACUGAGAAAUACGUUGUCUGAGGAGAGUAAUGGAAAUCAUGGUGAAAUAAAGAAGAACGUUGUGCAACCCACCAGCACGGCAACAUCUACUGAAACAGGGUUAAAUUUAACAGAGGAAGAUAUUACCCAUAGGAUUUCUCCUGACCAAAGUACAAUAAUAGAGACUGAGACAAAAGUUCCCCUAAAGGUAACAAGGAAAGGCAAGAAAGACAAAAAGAAAAGUAAUCAUGCUGUAGAUAUAUCCACAGAAUUUAUUGAUGAACAAGAAGUGAGUGUAAACUAUACAUUAUGGGCAGAGUAUUCCGAGCAUGAUCUCAAGAAGGACACCAGACUAACACAGGAAAGUACACAGGAAAGCUUGGUCAUUGGCGAAAAUGUAAGCUCUACAACAACAGGCAUGCAGAAUGGUAACAGAACAGAAGCACUCGGGAAAAGUCGCACCAAAAGAAUGGUACCUGAAGAGCAAGACAGAACUAGUGAACAUGCAGAAGAAGACAGCCAGAUGCCAUUACCUUCCAAAAAAGAAAAGGAAGGAAAGAGACUUUCAGGACCACAGCGAGACAGAGCACAGAAGGGCGAACCAGAAGAAGCUGGAGAUCCUGGUUUUCCUGGUCAGAAGGGAGAAAAAGGAGAUGUUGGUGAAAAGGGACAAAAGGGAGAGCCAGGAGUUGGUCAUAGAGGCCCAGUGGGUCAGGCUGGACCUCCCGGUAUUAAGGGUGAGCCAGGGGAGCAGGGACUCCCAGGAGUACAAGGAAUCCAAGGCAUCCAAGGAAACCCAGGUAUUUCAGGAUCUGUGGGUGAAAGAGGAGAAAUUGGACUGCCCGGUCCUCCUGGCCCGUCGGGAGAACGUGGAAAAAGGGGCAAGAAUGGCAACCCUGGACCACCAGGAGUCCCAGGACCUAUUGGAAAAGAGGGAAAACAAGGAGCCCCUGGCAUCAAGGGUGAGAAGGGUGAAGGAAUUGUUGGUGAGCCUGGUCCUAGAGGUCUACGUGGGUUUCCUGGGCUAAGAGGAGAAAAUGGAAUUCCAGGAAUACCCGGGCCAGCUGGAAUAAUGGGCCCAAAAGCACUUCCAGGUGUGAAAGGUGAAAGAGGGGGCAGAGGAUUGUCUGGUUUCAAAGGAGAAAAGGGGGACCCAAUGGUUUUAUUUGGAACUCCAGGAUACAAAGGAAGCAAAGGAGAACUGGGUGUUAGGGGAUAUCCAGGUUUUGAUGGAGAUAAAGGCGAAAAAGGAGAAGAUGGACCACCAGGAGAGAAAGGUAUUAAGGGUGAUGAUGGCUCUAAAGGAUCUAUGGGACUAUUUGGUGCAAGGGGACCUGUGGGACAGAAGGGUAAACCUGGCGAACCCGGGCUUCCUGGAAAUGCAGGUACAGCAGGACUAGAUGGGAGGAAUGGACUUAAAGGAUCCAAAGGAGACAGAGGUCUACAGGGACAAAAAGGAGAACAGGGUGAAAAGGGCAAUUCUGGAUUACCAGGAGACAUUGGGGAAAAAGGAGACAAGGGAAUGUUAGGGUUUCCAGGCAAAACAGGAGAACCUGGGAUCAUAGGUGUUAAAGGUGAAACUGGAGCACAAGGAAGCCCUGGACUAGCAGGCCAUCCAGGACCUGCAGGAGCGAAGGGGGAUGAAGGAGAGAAGGGAAUUGAUGGACCACCCGGAGCUGUUGGAGAUAAAGGAGAUAAGGGUAUUAAAGGAUCUCCGGGCUUAAGUGGAUUCAGGGGACCAAUUGGACACCUGGGACAGAUUGGGGCUCCUGGGCCACAAGGACCUACAGGACCAAAAGGAAAUACAGGAUUAAAGGGUGAGAAAGGAAAAAGAGGAAAAUCUUUGCCAUGCCCACAAGUGGAUCCAGGAAUACCAGGAAUAAAGGGUGAAAUGGGAGAAGAUGGACCUGAGGGUUUUAAGGGCGAAAAAGGAGACCCUGGACUUUCUGAAGAAGAUGUGAAAGACCUUGUCAAAAAGGAACUGAUUGGAAAGUGUGGCAAGGAAUUCCAGCUGAUAAUUAAGUCCUCACACCAAGAUGAAGGAUAUGAAGACCAUGAAAACUUUGGUGAAGAGGUGACCGAGUCCCCUGAGGGUAGUGUGACUGAAAAUGAAAUAGAAGCUACCCAAUGGAAUGAAACCCUUAAUACCACACAAUUUCCAAGCACCACAUCUCCACAGAACCAAGAAGAGGGAAGUAAUAAAAAGCUGAGAAGGAAGCGUCAUUCUGGAAUAAUGUCUAAAGGUCCUUGUUUAGAACCUAUGGAUGAAGGAUUUUGUUCAAAAUAUAUCUUGCUUUGGUACUAUAACUUGAAAGUUGAUAAGUGCCGUCCAUUUGUUUAUGGUGGUUGUGGAGGAAACCAUAAUCGCUUUACUAGUAAAGAGAAGUGUGAAUGGAGAUGUAAAACAAAAGCAGGCUAUGUUCCCAUUUGA